AUGUCUGCCAACGCCGCACCUAUCCAAAGUGUCGCGGGAGGUUUGAGCUCGAAUGUGCCGGUCACUUCGAGCUCGGGCUCGCACCACCACAGGCACUCUACCGAGGGCUCGAGCCUGUCUGGCCAGACGAACGGAGUUUCCAGCAACGGAGUUUCCAGCAACGGAGCUUCCGGCAACGGAGCUUCCGGCAGCCGUAUUCACUACGGCAGCGUCGACAACCGCCAGCAGUCACAGACCAGCCUCAACAAUGCCAACCUGGACAUGGGCGGCCUCAAUGCCUUGCUCAGCUCGCAAGGAACGGACAACACUAUGCAGUAUCCCAACGCGGAUUUGCAGGGUGUGGUUCCCCAGCCUGAGCAGCUCAGGCAAAACAACAACCAGCAGUAUGCGUCUGCAAUCAAGGCGCAGACGAGGUCGUUGAACCUGAACGCGGCACAGGCUUCCACCGUGUCCCAGGUUUUGCAGCGCCUCACGGGUUCUGGCAGCCAGGCAGUGGAGACGGGCGCCGCGCGCAGCCGCCACCAGAGCAGUGCUACGUCGAGCUCCAAGAAGCACCACAAGCACAGCGCAUCGAGCUCCUCAAGCAAGCACCGCAAGAGCAAGCACCACAAGAGCAAGCACCACAAGAGCAAGCAAAGCAAGUCGAGCUCGAGCACAUCCAGUGCUACCGACUCUUCUUCUUCCAGCACUGACGCAAGUGCUACGCCCACCGACACGUCUACGGCCGCGCCGGAUGCCACGCCCACCGACGCCGCUUCGGAUGCUCCGGAUGCUCCGGAUGCUCCGGACGAUGCGGCUGCGACGCCCAUGGCUGCAGACCCUGCGGCUGCGGCGGACCCCCCGCCUCCCAGCGACUCUGGUGCACCCCCGCCGCAGAAGCGUUCGGUUGGCGGCGAGAAUGUUUCGGCUGUCACCGAGUCGUUGCGCCGCUGCCGCCGCCCUUCGUCCUUGUCGGGCUCUCGCAGUGCGUCGCACUCUGCCCGGCCGACCAACAGCCACUCCCUGAAGCACGGUCACCUUAAUGGCCAGUCCAGCACUGGUGACGUGGAGAUUAGGCAGGCGUUUGGGUUCGACGGUACGCACAGUAUGUCGACCGACGUGAACGUGGGUGGCAGCGGCGCUUCUAGUGUCGGCAGCGCAUCCCGCUCGCGUCCUCAAGGCACACACACGCGCUUGCAUGCUGCUGCGCAGUCGAGUAGCGCUGCGCCUUCCGCCGACGUGGGCGCCGGUCUUUGGGGCCUCAUCUUUGGCAACUGA